AUGGCGCAGAACACGGAGGAACGGACAGAUGCCGCUUCUAUAAAACCUGUGUCGUCUCUAAGGUCUCACUUCGAGGGACUCAAGGUCAACCAGCCUCCACCAGGGAGCAUACCGCCCUCUCCGCAGGCACUGAAACCCGUUGACAGGGCCAGUCCAGCUGCACCACAACGAGCCUCUUUUGAUAUACCAAGACCCAUCUCGCCAUGGUCUGGGGUAGCGGGGAGCAUCAAUAAUGGAGGGCCACGAACUCCGAUCAAAGGCUCCGAAUCGCCUCCAAAGCCGGUGCAUAGACGGCCCAUGUCAAUGCUAUUGCAGUCCUCCCCACAACUCACGCCUUCGGUUAAGGUCGACUCACCCCGUUCGCCUCCCCGGACCUACUUCGACCGAAGUAGUUCAAGAUCCCCAGAACGUGUCGACAACACCCCGUUUGGCAAGGUGCGCGAACUGAUAUCCCAACACUCGAGUCGGUCCUCAACACCAGCUCCGCGGGCUCCCAGUGGUGAUAGAUCGGACGCCACGAAAGCGCUGGGAGAGAUGCAAGAAGGCACCGGAGUUCAAGAUGAGAAACCCAAAGCACUGCCGCCACCAGUCAACCGCGCAGAGAAGCCUAAAAUACCACUUAAGCCGAAUACUAUUGCUCUGCCUACCUCUAACAUUCUCCAGCCUGAGGCCCGGAGACCUUCCUUCGAAGCGCGUAUAUCUCCCUUUAGCACACCUCCAAGCAGUGACGAAAGCUCUCCCUCCCGGAGCCCUGAGCCGAUGUCUCUUCCACCACCAAACCGACCGUCACCGGCCGCCCAUGCUACUCCAAAUCCUCCUGAAGUUCUCUCUGGCCGGCCAAAAGAUGCGCGACUACAGGGUUUCUCUCACAUGCCAACGACACUUGGGAAAAUGGAUGCGAGAAGUGCUGGGUUCUCACAGCCCGAACCGCGACCACCCAGCCAAGGAGCAAGUCUACCUGCUAGGGCAAACACGGUUUCCGAAAAGCCUACCAAAGACCCUCGCGAAUUAGGGUUUGUGAAUGGAAAGCCAACGCAGCGGCAUGUCUCUGAGACGAUAAGACACACUCCUUCCCCUGCUCUGUUUGCUCCUUCACAGCCGUCGCGGACAACUCCUGCUCGCGAUGCUCGUACGCUUGGAUUCUCCGGUGCGCUUCCACCAAAUGUCGAAAAGAUUGUAGAAGAGCCACAUCCGGGUCUUCCCCCAAGACGCGCUGUCGAGCCUCCGCCACGUCCCUCGAACGAGUCCAAGCACACUACCCGACCUGUACAGCCUCUACCAAGCCUCAUCGCCAACUCAGAUCGCUUCAAGAAACCCUCAACAAUCCAGCCCGUCUCCCGCACGCCGAGUAUGCCUGUAGACCAACAUUUCCCACCGCCACCGAAGCGGACGAGUGUUGAUCUCCCUCCCAUUACGCACCGUUCUCAGACCUUUAGUGGCGAUGUUGCUAGGCGACCUGGCCCACAGGCAACAACGGACGAUUCCGACGAGACUGAGGAGACGUUGGAGGAACCGGCUACUUCCAGAUCCGAGUAUCCGGAUGCAACCCAUACCAACAGGCGGCCUCCGUACAGUAAAGCUAGUUUGUGGGAGAUUGGCACAAAAUCAGAUUCCCGGCUUGCCGAGGUGUGUGGCCAGUACUUAUGUACGGCCGGUUAUGUCACGCGGGUCUUCGAUAUGGCCACGGGGGAGCAGAUCAUGAGCAUCAACCAUGGUGAGACGGUCAAGGUGUCCGGUAUGGCAUUCAAGCCGGCCGCCGAACUAGCACAGGAAGGCACCAGACUGUGGCUCGGCAUGAACACUGGAGAACUGAUGGAAGUUGAUGUUGCGACCCACACGGUCACAACAACGAACUCAUCACAUAACCGCCGUGAGAUUGUGCGGAUACUUCGCAACAGGAGGGACCUGUGGACCAUCGACGACGAAGGAAAACUGUUUGUCUGGAAAGCUGAUGAGACUGGAGUGCCAAAUCUCAAAUAUAGCCACAUCUCCCACAAGCUCCCCAGGGGUCACACAUUCUCUAUGGCGGUCGAUGGAAGACUGUGGUAUGCCUCGGGCAAAGAGAUCCGGGUAUACAAACCGGGAAAUGAAAGCACCUUUGCUGCUCUGACCGAUGCACUAUACCAGCCCGGCAAUGGAGAUGUCACCUGUGGAACUCACUCGAAUGAAGGUGGUGGAAGGGCAUAUUUCGGACAUAUUGACGGCCGAGUGUCCAUCUAUUCAACCAAAGACUUCUCUGUGAUUGCAAACGUCAAAGCCAGCGACUACAAAAUCAACAACCUGGCAUACGUUGGCGAGAAGUUAUGGGCAGCUUUUAAGACAGGGAUGGUCUAUGUGUACGACACCCGCAGUUUACCCUGGAAAACACAGAAAGACUGGAAAGCGCAUGACGGGCCGGUGACUCAGCUCCUGUUCGACCCAAGCAGUGUCUGGACACUUCAACAAUUGCAAGUCGUGACAAUAGGGCAUGACAACUUCGUGAGGUUGUGGGACGCUGCGCUCGAGGACGACUGGAUCGAAAGCGAGAUGAUGCAGCGCGAUGUGGAAUAUUGCUCAUUCCGAGAGUUGCGGGCCGCAGUCGUGACGUGGAACGCUGGAGCGUCUACACCCUACGACUUGAGGGAGGAUUUCAUUGCCGAUGCGAUCCAUGCCAGCGAUCCGCCGGAAAUAUUGGUAUUCGGCUUCCAAGAAGUCGUUGACCUGGAGGACCGGACGGUGACGGCCAAGAGCAUUUUCAGCUUUGGGAAGAAGAAAGACACGGUCAAGACGGAGCAACACCAGACUCGAGUCUAUCGGGAAUGGCGCGACUACCUCAGCAAAGUGAUUAGCCGAUCCACCAGUGCUCAUCAUGCCUAUUCGGAACUGCAUACCUCGAGCUUGAUCGGACUAUUCCAAUGUGUCUUCAUCAGACAAGAGGAGCAAGUCAAUGUGCGAAAUUUGCAGGCUGCCAGCGUCAAGCUUGGCUUGAAAGGUCAUUAUGGCAACAAAGGGGCGCUCGUCACGCGCUUCGUCCUCGACGACAGUUCAGUGUGCUUUGUCAAUUGUCACCUUGCAGCUGGCCAGAGAAAUACGUCACAUCGAAACAACGACGUCGCAAGCAUUCUCGAAGCUGAAGCCCUUGACGCAGAGCCUGAUGCAGAUGCCCGAAGUUCGCUUUAUGUCGGAGGUGGUGACGGCACUCAGAUUCUUGACCAUGAGAUCUGCAUCCUCAACGGCGACCUGAACUACCGCAUUGACGCUAUUCCCCGGGACACCGUGAUUGCGAUGAUCAAACGCAAUGAAUUAGCCAAACUGCUUGAGCGGGACCAGAUCAUGGUUUCUCGUCGUCGUGUCUCAGGAUUUCGUCUGGCUCAGUUUGUGGAGCUACCCAUCACGUUUGCGCCAACGUACAAGUACGAUGUUGGAACGGACAGGUACGACACAUCGGAGAAGAAGCGCGCGCCUGCGUGGUGCGAUCGACUCCUCUAUCGUGGACCUGGGCGUGUCAUGCAACUCGAAUAUCGACGCCAUGAGGUACGCACAAGCGAUCAUCGUCCCGUUAGCGGCAUCUUCAAGCUGCGCAUCAAGACCAUUGAUACGCGGAAGCGGGCCAAAGUCAUGGAGGAUUGUUACCAGAGAUUUAAGGAGGUCCGCCGGCGGAUGGCAGAAAAGGCGAGCGUAGAUUACCUGGUUACCGCCCUGGGUGUUGGCGAGCAGGAAGCCAGAAAGCUGAUAGUCGCCAGGUAA